AAUGCACAGGCCUAUAAGAUAAGUAUAGUAGUGACUAAAAUUGUGAAUUUGUGUGGUUAUUAUGUAUUGUAAUGUAUUCUCAUUUAUAAGUAUCUUAUAAGAUUAGGUGUUCAAUUCUUUUGAACUACUGUCACUGUUAGAGAAUCAUAUGAUAUCUGAUCAUGAAGAUGGGAUCAAUCUUAGUAGUACUGGUACUUGUUAAUGCAGUUCUAUAUGGGCUUCAAGCUGUGGCAAAUCCACCUGAUUUGAUCAAGAUUCAGAGUGCUGUUGCAAAAGGAGCAGUGUGUUUGGAUGGGAGUCCACCUGCCUACCAGCUUGAUCGGGGGAAGGACGAAGGAGUUAACAAGUGGCUGUUACACUUGCAGGGAGGAUACUGGUGCACUACAGUUGAAGAAUGCAGCAUGAGAAUGAAUGACAGCAGCGGUCUUGGUUCAUCUAAUAAAAUGACGAGUCUUUAUUUUACUGGAAUCUUAAGUGAUAACAAGGAGCUAAAUCCAAACUUCUACAAUUGGAAUAGGGUCUAUGUAAGAUACUGUGAUGGUUCCUGCUUCACCGGUGACAAACAAGAAUCUUUGGUUGAUGGACCAUACUACAGAGGUGGUAGAAUAUUCUACGCUAUCAUGGAUGAGCUGUUAAAACUUGGAAUGGAAAAUGCUAGCAAUGUAUUUCUUACGGGCAAUUCUGCAGGAGGAUUGGCAGCAACUUAUCAUUGCGAUACGUUCAAAAAUAUACUGCCUCUUUCUACUGAAGUUAAAUGCCUAGCUGAUGCUUCCUUUUUCAUUCAUCUAAAUAAUCCUUCUGGCUUCGUAAACCUUCAUGGAUCAGUUACAUAUCUGCCAUUAUCAUGCACAUCAAUGAUGGAUGCUGCCUCGUGCCUCUACCCCCGGAAUGUUGUUCCAGAUAUCCAGACUCCUAUGUUUCUCUUGAAUUCGGCAUAUGAUACUUUUCAAGUUGCAUCAGCAAUCCGGUUGCCAGAAAAUUCAGAUCGUUCUUGCUUGUAUAAUCUAACAGGCUGCCCUACCGCUGUACUGGAUGCCUGGAUAAAUUUUAGGACGAAGUUUUUGCAAGAAGUGACUGACUUGGGUAAUCUUUCCACGAGAGGCUUGUUCAUCAACGCGUGCCAUACUCAUUCCCAGUCUGAGUUUCAAAGUAAAUGGCUGGGGGAUCCCGAUUCUAUGCUUGAUAACAUGACAAUUUCAGAAGCUGUGGGAGAAUGGUAUAAUGACAAUAAGCUAAUCCAACUGAUUGACAGAGAACACAUCUAUCCCAGACAAUGCGUUGUCGAUGCUUCUGAGCCAUAUGCUUGCAACAACUAUACAAUUGGUGCAUCUUAUCUCUGUGACGUAAACCAAAACAAAUCAAACAUACCCAGUGUAUCUCACUCGUAUGACAGAGUGGAGCGUAAGAUGUAUUAUACUUGAACUAAAAAUAUAUAUUGAUAAUAUAUAUACUUUGUGCACUCUGUAUAAAUAUUUCAACCAUUUGGGGAA